CCUCUUAUCCCAUGUGAAGAUCCCUCCAGUGAGUCCGUCCAGUGCUUGUGUGUGUCCUCGAGGCUCAACCUCAUUUCACCGCAUCUCACGACAUCUGGCCGCAUCUCACUCUCAACCUCUCACAACAGACCAUAUGGACCUCGUAUAACCCUCAGUUGACAUCCUCUCGACAAGUAACCCGCCCUCCUAAGGCCAAAACAGCCAACACGCCUCACGCCUCCCGCCUCCCAUGGGCCUCCUCACAGCCCUCGGCCUCCGCCGCAAAAACAACUGGGAGCCCCCGACACUCAUCGAUUCCCUUCUUGCGUCGCCCCUCCACUUCAUCGUCACUCUGAUCUACAGCAUCACCCUCUUCCUCCGCGGCCGUCCCUUCACCCCGCCCCGCGACAAGCCCGCCAUCCGCGUCGUCUGCAUAUCCGACACCCACGACCGCACCGACGUCGCCAUCCCUGCCGGCGACCUCCUGAUCCACGCCGGCGACCUCACCAACGCCGGCACAGCCUCCGACAUCCAGGCUCAACUCGACUGGCUCGCCGCCCAGCCUCAUCAGCACAAGAUCCUCGUCUGCGGCAACCACGACAGCUACUUCGACCUCAGCGCCCGCCUGCCCUCCGACCGCGGCAAGACCCUUGAUUUCAAGGGCAUCCGCUACCUGGUUCGCGAUGCUGUGACCCUCGAGUUCAAGGCCGGCCGUCACCUCAAGAUCUACGGCGCCCCCGACAUCCCUGCCUGCGGCGGCUCCGAGAUGGCCUUCCAGUAUGACCGCGCAUCGCCCCCUUGGAAAAACGCCGUGCCCAUAGACACGGACAUCUUAGUCACUCAUACUCCACCUAAAAACCACCUGGAUCUAGGCUUGGGCUGUCCCGGCCUCCUACAAGAAGUCUGGCGAGUCCGCCCAAAGCUUCACGUCUUCGGCCACGUGCACUGGGGCCAUGGCCGCCAGGCCGUCCAUUUCGACGAGUGUCAGCGCGCCUACGAGUCCCUUUUGUCCCAACGCCCACGCGGCCCCAUCCGCGACUUCUUUCCGCACUCGGGCUGGAAAGACGCGCUUCGCGUGCUGGGCUACGCCGUGCACGGCGUCGUGUGGAAGUGGUUAAUGGUCGGACCCGGCGGCAACACCAGCAGUCUCAUGGUGAACGCUGCCCAGAUGUACGGAAACACGGGACGGUUGGGAAACCCGGUGGAGGUGGUAGAUUUGUGACCGACCGAUAUAUGCAUCGACGUCAUUUAUUGUUGUGUAAAAAUACUAGUACUGAUGUAUGCGCCCGUUGCGCUGGUGUGGUAUCAUGGCGAUGGCUAUGCUAAU